UGCUGCGCGGUCCCGCCGUCGUGCUCCGCCGCGGAGAGCACCGCGUCCGUCGCAGGACACAGCCGCGACGCUUCCUUUGCCCACUUCGCCCGUAGUUUCUCUCCUGCGCUCCGCCCGUCUCGAUGCACUCAACCUUGUGGUCGCCUUGGCGUUCGCCCGGAACCGCGUGGAACCGGAAGUCCCAGCUCGCGAAACCGGGCGAAAUCGUGUACGCCAAGACGCGAGCGAAACGCGACCUGAACGGGAAACGGCUGGAUUCGAUCGUUUUUGCGGCGGUUUCUUCGUGGUGCUGAGUGUCGGAGUGUAGUUUCGGAAGAAGAUUCGGAUCGCUUCCUCCCUUUCCCGAUUUUCUUCGUGGGUCGUAGGUGAAGGUGUGGAAUUGUAACGCGAGGACGACGCGCUCUCUCUGCCUUUUAGAGGUGGCGCGCCUACGUGGGACCUUGAGUUCUUCUUUUCUUCUUUUUCCUUUUUAUUUUCCUCUCUUUCCUUCCUCGUCGUCAUCGUCGUCGGUCACGCGGGAGGAAUAGCAAGCGGGAGCUUCCAACAGUCAUCUCGCACGAUCAAGCAAGCAACGUCCGAAAGAAACGAGAAGGCAACAUCACACUUGUCGCGUGGAUCAGCAGAACAAUGUGCGAGGUUCUUCUCGGCUGACAUAACGGAUUUUGCGCGGCAACGUUUGCUCGUGGAUGAUCGUAAACGUAAGCUUCGACUCUCCUCGCAACCGAACCGCAAGUCAUCGUUCAUCCGCUGGAAAUCACACACCAGAGUCAUGAUGAAGACCAUAGUUCUCCGUCUGACACUCGUACUGACGUGCACGUCGAUUAUUAGGUCGACCAGCGACUGCGGCGACUCGAAUUUUCACUCCCUCGAGACAUCGGAGUCGUCUAGGCUGGAGUGCGGUUUGGCGUUUAAGAACCGUUGCCACUGUCUUAGGACAUGUUACGACGGCCAUCACCAGUAUGUUGUGAAUUGCACCAACACCGGCUUCCACGACGUCUCCCCGCUGUCGCAUCUACCUAACGAGACGCAGGUGCUCAUUUUCACGGGCAACGAGCUGGAGGAGCUACCAUGGAACGUGUUUGGAACCCUGGACAGCCUGCCGUACCUGCGAGUGAUCGACAUGUCGAACAAUAAAAUACGCGAGAUCCGCGGCAAGGCGUAUCAUCACGUUCAGCACGUGGAGCGUCUCAUACUCGAUUUCAACGAACUCUCGCUGGACCCCGCGAGAAGCCAUCCCCGAGUGUUCUCGAAUUUCGUGUCUCUCCUCGAGCUGCAUCUGACUGACGCCUUCGAGGACGGUCCACCGAGGAAUCUGGCGUCGACGCUUCACGACAUCUUCGUCAACAGCAACCUGACGCGUCUCAUAAAACUACACCUGGAGCAAAAUGAGAUCUCGGAGUUCCGCGAUGCCAACGUGUUCUGCGACCUGCCGAAUCUCAUGGACCUCUAUCUCGGCGACAACGCCCUGAGCGCGCUGCACUUCAAUCUGUCGUGCCUGCACCACCUGCGCUUCCUGGAUCUGCGGCGGAACAGGUUCGCCAAGGUGCUCGAACGCGAUCUACAUACCAUGGACAAUCUCGCUAGGCACGACCGCGAGAUGUCCGUCGACUUCUCCGGCAAUUCCUUCGAGUGCUCCUGCAAGCUCAAUCCGUUCAUCAAGUGGCUGAACAAGACGAAAGUGUUUGUGCGCAACAACGCUACCAUGCAGUGCCACGAAGGUAACGUGAGCCACGAGCUUCACGAGACGAAGAACUGCGCGCCGAAACUGCUGGCCUCCAGCCGGCGCGGCACGACGGUACUGCUCGCCUUCCUUUUUAUGGUGUUGGUCGCUCUGAUAUGCGUGCUGCUGUACUUGUACAGGACGGUGCUUCAGAAGAAGAUCGGCACGAUCGGGCCGAUCGCGCUCGACUCGGUCAACAAGCGAGUGCGAUAUACCUCGAUAGCGACCGGCGACGCCCGCGAGGAUGUGUGAACGCGGGGAUGCUUUACGUUCCGAUGAUUUUUUUACACAGAAUUAAUACAAACGUCGUCGUCGUGUCUACGUACGCGCGCCUCCGCUGAUGACGUAUCUGACGUGAGAAGUAUUGGUCAGUUCCAAAUAUUCGGCUAGAUUUUUCAGUUAUGCUUCGCUUUAUCGCAUUCAACGACCAAGACAAAUCGACCGAGUAAUCUUCUCCUAUUACGUGUCACGGCCGGUAUUCAUAAUCGGAUUUCAUAUCAAAGAUCGUCUUAAGUUCAUCUUCAGACGUUGUACGGCUAUUUUAUUGGUUACGCAACAUAUGAAUUUAAGAUGGUCUUAAGAUCUGAUUAUGAAUACCGGUCUGUUCUUAUAUUUAUUAGGUGUGCAAAUUAAUUCGGUGUCUUUACAUUUAAUGUCCUGUAACUCUGAUUCGAAUUAAAAUUUUUUUCCCGUCAUAUAUAUAUAUAUAUAUAUAUA